AAACCCUAACUGUCUUCUUCUUUGAUCCCUUUUUUUUUUCUGCGAAAAAAAAUUUUCUUUUUUCUUGUUCGUUUCGGGAUUUAUUUUAACAAUGUCUUGAUGAAUGUUUAAGGAAGAAACCCUUUAAUUUUUAGGUAAAACCUUAAACCCUGAUUUUUUUUUCUUUAUUGGUUUCUGGGAAUUUUUUUAAUUUUCUGCGUGCUCUGUGUUUUGAUUUUCUGCGGCUUUUUGUGUUGUGGUUGGUCUUUGAAACGGGGUGAUGCAGGAUAAGGGCAUGUCGUUUUUGAGACCUUGGCUGUUUGGUUACCGAGGGAAAGAAGGAAGUAGAGGGGAAUGGGCGUGUGGAUCAUGGGUUCCUUUUUGCCCUAACAAAUAAAUAAGUAAAAAAAAUAAAAUUAACGUUUUUUUUUUGUUUUUUUUUUUUUGGAAGGGGGUUUUUGUUGGAGGUGUGGGAUCAUAAAGUAUGUGAACGAUGUUGAAAAUGCCGAAGGCUAGUUGUUUCUGAAAGAUAUUUCAUUGAGAACUUCUACAACCUUAACGUGAUGUGUUGAAUGGUUUCGUUGUUGAACUUCAUCGCUUUUAGGAUGAAACCCUUUUAUGUUUUCGAUUUUGUGUUCACUGUUGUUUUGGGAUGCAUUUAAUCGAGUAAAAAAAGGGGUAAGCUUGAGAGAAAUUGGUUGGGAUAUGUCACUAUUGUGUUUUGUAAUUCUAUCUUGCAAUUCAAUGCAACUUUGUUAUUGAAGAAUGUGGAUGAUGGCAGAUACAUUUUACCAUUAAACACUGAAAAGUUAUGGAUGCAAUUACUGGUGUGUUUAUUCUUUUUUUCCCCCAUUAAUUUCUCUGUACCUCAAUGCAUUCUUACAUAGUGUAACAUGUUUCCAUGUUUUGAUUGUUGCUUUUGUCUUUUUGGUUGGUUUACUUUUUUAUUUUUUCAUGCAUAUGAUUGUCCCUUCAAUGGGUACCAUGCUGAGAAAAUUUGCUAGGUUUCAGCAUUGAUGUACCUUGAUUCUGCAUGAGAUAUUAUAGGAAGUAGUAUAAUUGUAUUGGCAUUGAAAGUUUUUGAUAGUGGUCUCGUGUAUUUGCUUGUGAUUCUCUGUGAAAACUUCUUUUUUUUUUUAAUCUUAAAAGGGUUUUGCUUGUCUGUUUCCCAUUCACCCAGAGGAGGGCAGAGGGUAAAAGUACCUGUACUCCAUGUUUGUUUGUGUUUUGUAGGUUAGUUUCAAGGGACGCUUUUUACCAUCAAACACUUGCUUUUUGGCUAUGGGAUCAUGUGCUUUUUGAUGUCGCAGUCAGACAAAGGCUCUUCAGAAUUGCAUGAAAGUUGUGGCAGGGGAGAUGAAAGUACGAAGAAAGGGGCGUGUUUGUUGGAGAUAAAACGCACUGGAAUGAUACAAUGGGGAGUCAGCAGGCAUAUUGAGUUCAUUGACAGUCCUGGGGAAAAUAACCCUCAAUUUCCGCCUGCCAUUGUUGAGCAUGGACAGAAGAACCCUCAACCUCCAUCUGCCAGUGUUAAGCAUGGAAAGAAGAACACUCAACUUCCAUCUGCCGUUGUAAAGCACGGGAAGAAUAACCCUCAAUUUCCAUCUGCCAUUGUCAAAGAAGAUUUGAAAGUUGGCGAAGAUGGUAUUGAGUCUUUUGUGUUGCCAGAAGCUAAGAAAAGGAAGUGUCAUGCCCUCAGCGAACGCAGAGAAGCACAAGCUGUGAGACGUUCUAAGGCAAAGAAAACUAGUCUUGUUUAUAAGAGUAAGCAAAUCAAGCGUGAGAAUUCCAUUUCCAUAAAAAAGGAGAAUGUCAAGGAUAGAUGGUCAGUAGACAGGUAUAAUCUGGCAGAGAAAAGUAUGUUGGAUGUCAUGAAGGCUGAAGGGGCAGUGUUCGAGAAUCCCAUUUCCCGGUCAGCACUGAGAACCGUAGCUCGUAAACACAUUGGUGACACUGGACUCUUAGACCACCUACUGAAGCACAUUGAUGGUAAAGUGGCCCCAGGUGGCACCGAGCGGUUUCGUCGGUGUUACAACACCCAAGGGAUAAUGGAGUAUUGGCUGGAGAGUGCUGACCUGGUUAAAAUUAAGCAGGAGGCUGGGGUGCCAGAUCCAAACUAUAUUCCCCCAUCUUGGUAUAGGCCUGGUAGUGUUUCACAAGACUCUGUUUCUGCUAAAGAACUGACUUUGCUUAGAGAUGAAGUAGCAAAAAUGAGGAGGGAUAUGGAGGAGCUGGUAUCCAAGAAUCAAGAGCAGCACCAAGCUAACCAAAUUGGGUUUCUGUCCUUUCAACAGGAUAUUUACAAGGAAUUUGUGGAAUGGAGAGGUAAGAUAGACCAGCGCCUAAUGGGGAUUUCAAGUUCUUUGGGUGGUUUGCAGAGCAUGUAUAAGGAUGUGAUGACAUGGAAGUCCAAGACUGAACAACAACUCAAGGAAAUCUCAAAUUCACUGAGCAGCAUGCAGGCAUCAAAGCAAUGUACUGCCCUCAAUCCAGUUUCUGAAAGAUGGGAGGACUGGUUGGAGAGCACCAACUUGGAUAAUAUUCAAGGGGAAGACUUUGCACCUUGGUUAGAGAACACAGAUUUGGUUAAUUUUAAGCAGAAUGCCUCACCGCAGGAACAAGAACCCUACAACGCUAUUCAACCUUGGUUGAAACACUCUGAUAACCCCUCUCAGGAGCCUGUUUGUGCUGGAGAGCUGGAGCUGCUCAAGGAAGAAAUGGCCAAAAUGAAGAGAGAUGUGCAGGAGUUGGUACCCAAGAGGAUGGAGGAAGAUCAAGCUAAUAUGACCCCAGAUUCAUCUGCCACGGCCAAUUCCAAGUCAGAACUUGACAAUUCAUUUUCAUUCUUUCAGGAGAUGUACAAAGACUUGGGAAAUUGGAGAGUGAAGAUGGAACAACAGAUGCUGGAGAUUUCCAAUGCUGUUAAUACUUUACAGGCAUCAAAGCAAUGCAUCACCUGAAGCUUUAACAUGAAGAUAGAAAAGAUAGGAUGUUAGUGAUCUAUCCUUCCAUUUUGAUGAAACCACUUACCCUUAGAGUAGUAGGAUUAGAUACUGUACAGAUUUUACAAGCUAAAACAAGAGCUCCUGCUGUGUCCGAAUCAUCCAAACCAAUAGUACCAGCAUCUGACCUUUUGGCCAUCUAAUGAAAACUUACACGAACCUUACCUUACAUAUGAGAUGCUAACUGUAGGGAUCGCUCUUUACUGUUUUUGGGUUAUAGAUGAAGUUGGACACCUUGGAGCAGAUCCUUUUUUUCGCUGUCUAGCAGUUAUAUAAGUUUAUUUUGUUUAGGGGAUGGGAUUGUAAUGAGUUUCUGAAUAUUGCACUCCUUCGUUGUUACUUGAGUUAAUUUACUUGCAGUCCUCUAUUUUUA